AUGAUUCUUACUGGCCUGAGUGGAGUUGGGAAGAGUGCAGCAGGAAACACCAUCCUGGGCAGAGAGGUGUUUGAGUCUGGGCUGGGCCGAUUGACACAGCAAGAGAAGAGAGCGGUGAAGACUCUGCAGGAGCUGUUUGGCCAGAGGGAGAAUGAACACACCAUGGUUCUCUUCACUCACGGAGAGAAGCUGAAGAAGAAAAAUAUCAAAGACUUCAUCUCACAGGACACAAAUCUGCAGCAGCUACUUAAGCAAUGUGGGAACAGGUAUCAUGUUUUUGCCAACAAUAACACCAGUGACACCCAGUCACUCUCUGUCUUGUUGGCACGCUCUUCUUGUCCCGCAGAAAGGAGGAUCGUACUACUGGGGAAAACAGGAAAUGGGAAGAGCAGCACAGGAAACACCAUCCUGGGAGAAGAAAUAUUUAACGAGGAUUUCUGCAGCACCUCAGUGACACGAAGAUGUGAGAGUGUGUCGAGAGCAAUGAAUGGAAAAGCUUACACUAUCAUCGACACCCCUGGAUUCUUUGACACAGAGCUCUCUGAGGAGGAGAUAAAGAGAGAGAUUGUGAGGUGCAUCUCUCUCUCGGCCCCAGGUCCACAUGCCUUCCUGCUGGUGCUAAAAGUAGUCAGAUACACAGAGGAGGACAUGGCAACUGUGAGGAAAAUUGAAAAGCAGUUUGGGGAGGAAGCCCUGAAGUUCACCAUCGUCCUGUUCACAAGAGGUGACAGUCUCCGGAAUAAACCCGUAGAGCACUUCAUCAAGGACAACAAGCACCUGAAGGCGCUUGUUCAGAAAUGUGGAGGAAGAUAUCAUGUCUUCAACAACCAAGAGAGGAGCGAUCGCUCUCAGGUCGCCGAGCUCAUGCAGAAGGUGGAGGCCAUGCUGGAGAGGAACGGACACAGCUGCUACACUAACGAGAUGUAUGCUGAGGCAGCUAAAGCCAUCAGACAGGAGCAGGAGAGGAUCGUGAUGGAGAAAUACGGCUCAGUAGCGGGCCGUGAAGCUGAGCUGGCUGCAGCCAGAAAGGAGGCAACAGAAGCGUUUGUUAAGAAGGUCUUAAACGUAGCAGUGGGCGUUACAGUUGGGGUGCUCCUUGGUGCAUUGAUUGGAACAGGUGUUGGAGCUGCUCUUGUCAUAGGUGCCUAA